CGAGAGGCUGGUUAGCUGAUUGAUGGAUGAUCGGGUUGAAGAUGGACGAAAUGGGGAUAUAAAAUGUGACUGGAAUCUUCAGAUAGAUCAAUUCCAUUAUCCUCAUCCUCAACACCAUCUUCAUCUCUACAGCUCAGUCAAACACUCAACUCUUUUAUCCUUGCAAGCUCUUUAAACCCCACCAGUCCCGAUCAUCAAGGAUUCAACAUGAACAAGUUCAUCAUCGCCCUCACCGUGGCUUCCGCAGUCUCUGCUGCCCCUCUGUACAGCAGCGAUGAUUGCCAGGAUGCCUAUAAAAAGUGCGUCGCCGCGGGAACCCCAGAGGUCGCAUGCUCAUGCACUCUGACCGCCUGCGCCGGUGAGGAUAGCGCUCGCAUCCGCGAGUGGUGCUCUUCUGCUACUGCAUCCCUCGCUCAGCCAACCAAGACCGAGAUUCCCGGAGGAUGUAAUCCUGCUCAUCCCGGAUCGUGCCCUUCAUCCUACUUCACCAAGUACACUGCCCCAGCUGAGACAUUCACCUCUAUUCCAGGCAUUCCUGGUGGUUGCAACCCGGCCCAUCCUGGUUCAUGCCCUUCUUCAUACUUUACCAAGACCUAUACUGCUCCGGCUCAGACCUUCACCUCUAUUUCUGGUAUUCCCGGAGGCUGCAAUCCUGCUCACCCCGGAUCUUGCCCAUCAAGCUAUUUCACAUACCCCAUCGCUUCCAAGACUUCGGUACUACCUGUCCCCGUGCCCGCUCCUACCGAAGACUGCUCUGAGGGUACCAAGACCGAGGCUACCAAGCCUGAGGGUACUGGCUCUGAAGGUACCACUUAUCCCGAGCCUAAGCCUGUUGAAGGCGAGACUUGGACUAUCAAGGAUCUUACUCGCUACUGUGGUGAGGGUAACGAAGGUUGCGAUUACAACUUUGAGAUCGCUGCCGACGGAAAGACUGAGCGCUGCACGAUUAUCCGCAUGCCCGGAAAGGACGCUGCCACUGAGACCUGGUCUAACGAGCCCUGCACUGAUGGCUCUGAGUUUACAGUCUCUUGGGGAUAUGUGACCGAACCAGCCCCUGCUUUUGCUGUUGUUUCCGUCGUCAAGGGCAAGGAUAUUGCCUGGUUUGGUGUUUCUAAUGUCAACGGCCAGGAGGCCACUGCUUCCAACCCCUUUGGCUCCGGAGAGUUCGGUGAUCUUGGGCCUGAGCAGGUUUACACUUACUAGAGGAUUUUACGCAUCAGGAUGAGGAAGGAUACGACAUACGGUUCAUGAUUUGAAUGAUUAAUACAGCCGCUCAUUACGUAAUUUUAGAACUAAUACAUAGACUUCAUUCUUUUAGAUAGUUCAAACAUAAAUAGAGAUAUAUCAAGGUUCAACAGCCCA